CUCUAUUAUCAUCAUUAUCAAAUGUAAAAAGUCCAUCACAUCGUAUAACAGUUGAUGAUCUUCAUCAAUCUUCAUUUCAAAGUUUAACAACAACAAAUGUUGAAUAUCGUUUACAAUAUUCUUCAAAUAAUCAAAAUCUAAAUAAUUCAACAGUAAUAAAAUUAACUCAAAAUCGUCGAGAAUCAGAUUUUGAUGUUACAAAUAAAGAACAACAACAAACAGCACUGCGAAUUAAAAUUCCUACGACAGUAUGUACCAUCUACAAUCCAAAGUUUUAUAAUCCCGAACAGCACCGUAUGUGUGAAACCGGCCUAUCAGUACUGAAUAAUGUUUUCAUUACAGGAUCAAUUAAACGUGUCAUUCCUGUUAUUGAUCUUAAAACAAUCUUUAAUGAUUCCAAUGAUUAUGCAAAUCACAUUGAACGUGACGUUCAAGGUGGAUCAACAAUUGUUGAAAAUAUUCUUUACCUUGUUGAUCACCAUCGUUUCGAUGAAAAUAUUUGUUCUACUAGUACAACCUAUCAUCCUCAAUGA